AUGAGCACGGAAAACGAAGCAGGACCGCUCGGCUUGCACGCCGAAUACCUGCCUAAUAUCCGCCAAGUCAGUGUCCAGAUAUCUGCGCCCGCUGGCUCACACCCCGAGAUCGCUUUGUCCGAGUCGCGUCGCGCUGUGUCGGCGUCGCUUACCCUGCCUGAACCGGUUGGCUGUGUUUCGGAAACGAUAAAGUUGCCGGCGAGGGUUACGGAGGGCUCGAGGCGUCUUUUGAGCGGUACGGGUGCGAAUGCGGCGCGGAAUGGACAUGGUACUGGGCAGGAUGCAGGUCUCGGGAGGGAAUUCUCGUACCGGAUGCAGGUCGAUAAUGAUGCUGAAUUGAGGCAGCGGAGUGCCGUGGAUGAGCUUAUGGAUAGUUUUGUUCCGUGGUCUGCGGGCGACAUGGCGCCCUCUACUAAAUUACGAUGCAGACAGUGCGAGAGGAUUGUUAUUGAUAUGCCAACUGCAACAACCACGUCUCCGUCUAACGAGAACAGCACGAUGCAGUCUUUGGGAUUGGUGUGGAAAGACCUGCCCAGCGGGAACUGGGCUGAGAUGAUGGAUUUCUGGCAUUGCCAUAAGCCGGAUCCGCAUGAGGACGACGCUGAUAGUGCUCAUAAGCAUUCGACUGAGGAUGAAAAUUCAAAGGUCAAGGGUUAUGGUGCAUCCAACCAGGUUUUGGCAACGCCAGGGACUGUACUUGUGGACGUGGCAACGUUUCUCGUCUCCGAAAUAGACUGUAAGGACUUAAAAAAGGUCACAAAAGAACGCAGCGAUGGAUCUCUUCUGCCACCUGACGAAGAGGUUCUAUGUGACGGGUGUGACGCACUGGUUGGCGUGCAAGACACCAUAGCCAAGGGAUGGAGACUGUUCAAAACAAGCCUUGAUGCAGAGCUUCCAUCGACUGAAGAACCCGAGGGAGUACACUGGGAAAGCCAUCCGACAGAACUCGUGGUCGCUGCCCAGCUGCUGGAACUCAUCGAACGCGAGAGCGCCCGUAGAUUCAUCAUCCACUGUGGAAAGAAAGACGGUCUUUUGUUGUGGGUUUUCAACCCAGAUAUGCGAUAUUCCAACUCGAGUUCGGAACACAGCACUGCUUCGCAGCGAGCUAUGAAGAUAUUCUUCCAAACUAAGGAUCACGUUGAGGCAUUACUUCAUCCAGAGCCUGGGAAGACGUCCUCUCUGUCGUUGGAAGAACUGAGACUUCCCGUGAACACCUACGACUCUCUCCUAGCUGCACUGGAGGCCAGCAACAGAAUGCUUCCGCAGUCAGCAAGAACAUUCCAGGGGCACUGGAAAGUGGGAAUUUUGCACCGUUUUGAGAGACUGAAAUAUACUUGA